GCUGCAAUGACCGACAAGGUCCAAUACUACAUCGAACAAGGUCUCCCUGAGCUCAAGGACCUGGAACAGAAAAAGAUUUUCUCCAAGCUCGAAUGCAAAGCAAUCAUGAAGAAGCGCACAGAGUUCGAACAAGCCCUUGCCCGCCGAAUUGCCAAGAAGACCGACUUCCUACGAUACGUGGAGUACGAGAUGAACUUGGAGGCGCUGAGGAAGAAGAGGGUAAAGAGGCUGAAUAUCAUGGGAAAGCCGACUGUAUCAGAUUGGGCUGGUCAGAGACGAAUUUUCUUCAUCUUGGAUCGAGCGACGAGGAAGUUUCAUGGGGAUAUUGCGUUGUGGGUUCAGUACAUCAACUAUGCUCGGUCUCAGAAAUCGAACAAGGUCAUCAACCGCGCCUUUGCUUCCGCGCUGCAGAUGCACCCGACAUGCCCGCAACUCUGGAUCUUGGCGGCGCAGCAUCAGUUUGAGGAGAAUGGAGACGUGACUGCUGGACGGACGUUCAUGCAGAGAGGGUUGCGGUUGAACAAGGACAGUGAGGACAUGUGGGUGGAAUACGCAAAGUUGGAGAUGGUCUACAUCGCAAAAUUGUAUGCACGAAGACGGAUUUUGGGUAUCGACGAGCAGGAAGAGGAGACGAAGCAGGAGGAAAGCGAGGAUGACGAGGACGGAAACAUCAAGUUGCCGACUAUCAUCGCAGCAGAGAUGGACGAUGGCACCCCGAAGGACAAGAACCUCCUCUCAGAAGUCGAAGUGAAAGCCCUCACGAAUGCCGCAAAUAACCCUGCACUCUCUGGUGCUAUCCCCCUCUCCAUCACCAAAUCCGCAUUCUCCGCCCUUCCCAAGUCUACCUCGCUCCCAACACGUCUGUGGGAGUUGUUCGAAUCUUUCAAGCAGUUACCGGAGGUACGACAACAGUUAUGCCAGAUGGUGGAGGACUACCUUCGUACGCAAUUCCCCAAUACGCCGAAGGCAUUGUUCUUCCUCCUCGUUCUUCCCACGAAGACGCUCGAGCACGGUGCCGUGGACCCAGCAUUCCCGGCUGCUUUGCGCGAGGUAUUGAAGGGAUUCUCUGCUACUUUGGUUGCUGCACGACCUCGUGCGGAACUUUACGACUUGUUCCUUGCGUACUUGCACGAGUACUUGUCUCUGCCUGUGUUGGAGACUAACUUGGAGAAGCUGUUGUCGGCGUUCUUUGCCAAGACUGUGAAGGAUGCUGAGAAGGAAGGAGAGCUCGGUGCUAAGGGUUACGCGGUGUGGGUUAGACGCCUGCUCGCGAAGGAGAGGAAUGCGGAGGCUGGACAGGUCUUGGAGAGGGCUGUGAGAAAAUGGGGUGAAUCCCGAGAUUUGGAGGAGGCACGAGAGUUACUUUAG